AUGACCAUGACCAAGCUGGCCAGAGCCAGAGUCAACACAACGUGGAGAGCAACGGCCCCGCGAGUGCUGCGUGGAGCCUCUGUGCGUGCUGCCCAGUCCUGGUCAGCAUUGGCAGUCUUGGGGCUCGUACGAGAUGAUGAGGCUCGUACGGGCCAACUGCUGGGAGAGCAGAUUGGCGAUUGCCGAGCCAAGUGCCGCCGUCAGCCAGUGUUGGUGGUGCUGGGUGCUUGGCAGACGUGGGUGACGACUCGGGCGCUCAUCGUGGUGGGUGCGACGGGCCCUUUGCGGAAUUUUCCAGCACCGCAGAGUUGGGCCUCCGCGAUGGGCACGCACAGAUGGCGCCUUGGCAUACGCCAGCAGGGACCGCCAGAUCGACGCGCACAGUCCUUGAAGGUUCAAUUCAAUGGUGUCUGCUUGUAG